ACCAUGGCGGAUCUCACACCCAUGUUUUCAAGUUCUCGGAUGGCAGAAUUGAGACAAGCCUUCGACAAGCACGCUAAGGGAAACUCCUUGAAAGGCGAAGACUUUGGUAAAGUGAUGAAAGAGUGUGGAGAAGAAGUCCCUGCCUUCAAACUGCGAGAUAUCGAAGAAGAAGUGCAGAAAGAAAAGCGAGGGAUGUUAAGCUUUGACGAUUUUACCAAACUAUUUGCAAGGCUGUCUACGAAAGCGGUUGGAGGUGCAUACAAAAAGGCCGUUGACAGCCGCAAAGGAGUGCAAGCUGUCGGAGGGACUUCAGCAUCAUCUGCCGAAGGGACAAGACACUCGUUUUCUGAUGAUGAGCAGAUCGGCUUUAGCAACUGGAUUAACUCAGUUCUGGAAGAUGAUCGCGAUUUGAAAGGGAAGUACGUGCCAAUUAAUGAGGACGAUAAAGAUGGUCUUUUCAAAGCCGUUAAAGACGGGAUUCUGCUGUGUAAACUCAUAAACUGGGCCUGUCCUGGUACUGUGGACGAGAGAGCUAUUAACAAGACCAAGUUAAACGUCUACAACAUUCAUGAAAACCAAACGUUGGUGUUGAACUCUGCCAUGGCUAUCGGCUGUAACAUCGUCAAUAUUGGCGCGCAGGAUCUAAUUGAAGGCAAACCUCAUCUGGUGCUGGGUUUACUGUGGCAAGUUAUCAGGAUCGGUCUGUUCAGGCAACUGACUAUCCAGAACUGUCCCGGACUUGUUCGCCUGGUUGAAGAGGACGAGACCAUCGAGAAACUUCUCCGUCUUCCCCCGGAAGCCAUCUUGCUCCGUUGGUUCAACUAUCAUCUUCAGGAUGCCGGGCACCCUCGGCGAGUCGCCAACUUUUCAGCUGAUAUCUCUGAUGCGGAGAAUUACAGUGUUCUGCUUCACCAGAUCGCCCCUCCUGAACUCGGGGUCGGCGAACCACACAUUGGCGUGUCCGACCCGAUGAAACUUGCCGGGCUCGUCCUCGACAAUGCCGCCAAGAUGAAAUGCCGCAAGUUUGUGCGAGCCAAGAAUAUUGUUAAUGGUAACGCGAAGCUGAAUCUAGGAUUCGUCUGCAACUUGUUCAAUAACUAUCCUGCACUGAAGCCAGUUGAAGAAGAGCUGCCCAACCUUGAAGAAACACGAGAGGAGAAAACUUUCCGCAACUGGAUGAACAGCAUGGGAGUGAAGCCGUUUGUGCAACAUCUCUACCUAGAUUUGGAUGAUGGUAUCGUUCUUCUACAGCUGUUUGAUUUGGUGAAAAAAGGCGUGGUGGACUGGAGCAAGGUCAACAGACCACCUUAUAAAAAGAUGAGCGAGAGUAUGAAGAAACUCGAGAACUGUAACUACGUGGUCGACGUCGCCAAGCAACUCGAAUUUUCCGUGGUAGGAACCGGAGGCAAAGACAUCUUGGACAUGAACAAGAAGCUGGUCCUGGGUCUCCUGUACCAGACCAUGCGCGCCUACACAUUGCAGGUCCUGCAAAAAUGCACCGGAAGCGACAAGAAGAUCAAAGAUGAAGAAAUUAUCGCAUGGGUCAAUGAAAAACUGACAAAAAGCGGGAAAGACAGCAGAGUAACCUGUUUUAAAGACCCCACCAUCUCAAACGGCAAGUCAGUGAUCGAUCUAAUCGACAGCAUCAAGCCAGGUGUUAUUCAAUACAACAUAAUGGCAACAGGGGAGACACUGUCAGACGACCAGAAGUUGUUGAAUGCCAAUUACGCCGUCUCCAUGGGGCGAAAGAUUGGCGCCAAAUUGUACGCGCUGCCUGAGGACGUAGUGGAGGUCAAGGCCAAGAUGGUACUGACCGUGUUCGCUUGUUUGAUGGCUGUUGAUCAUGCGAAUACUGCUGGAAAGAAAUGA